AGAUGGUUAGAAAAGCUACACAAUGGAAGAGAUGGUUAUAAAAGCUACAAUGGUUAUAAAAGCUACAAUGGAAGAGAGAGAGAGAAGAUAAAAAGAAGCAAACUUUCUCUUUGUUUUGCAAUGAUCUCUUUCCAUCUCUCUCCUCUUACCGGCAAUAAAUCCUCCGAUCUCCGGCUCUUGAAUCCUUCUGCGUUUCUCUGUACUCCAUACGGGAAAUCGGCGAGUGAGACGAGCGUUUUGUGCAUCUCUCUUUCUAGGCAGUAUGUUCUGUGUACGCGGCUCUCAGAGCUCAAGUGCAGGAUGCUCUCGGCCCUAAAAUCGGAAGAGCGCCGCUGAGCUCGUAACAUCGCUGUAUUUUACUUUUUUUGGUGAUUUGACUGUUACUGUUUAAGCUAAGCGGCGGUGGAGUUGGUGGGAGAGGGGUUUAGAUGAGAAGAGUUGACGGGGUGGGUGGGGUUUUCGGAAGCCCUAACCACGAUGGGGAUCUCAAGGAGUUUGGUGAUGCAGCCCCAGGUAAAGAUCCUCGUUUUGAUGCUUCACAAUAUGCAUUUUUUGGCCAGGAUGUUUUAGGAGAAGUUGAUGAUUCCGCACUAAUUGGGAAUCUUGCUGAUGAUGAAUAUACUUUUUCUUCUUUAGGAGAUGGAGAAGAGGGUGAAGUUUUGUGUUCGUCAUACGAUGAUGAUCUUGCAACCACAUUCGCGAAGUUGAACAGAACUGUUAGUGAACCAAAGAGUGCAGGCGUUAUUGGUGAUAGAAGAGGGUCCCAUUCUAGAGAAAGUUCUUCCACUGUAGACUGGACACAGGAAUCAGACUUUUCAAACUGGUUAGAUCAGCAGAUAUUAGAUGCUGAAAAUAUUCAAGAUGGUAAAAGAUGGUGGUCGCAACCUUCAUCCCGGCCAUCCGACUCCAAGUUAUUGUACAGAACAUCUACUUACCCUCAACAACCGCGGCUACAACAACAAUUGAGUGAACCAAUUUUUGUACCCAAAUCAUCCUUCAUAUCACUCCCCUCUAGUGGUCAAUCACAGCCUUCACCACAUCAGCCAUACAUACUCUCACAUACCACUGGCCGCCAACUGCCUUUCUCUGGACAAAAUCUCUCACCCUCUUCUGCAUCACUUCAUUUAACUGGACUUCCUCGUGAUUUUCCACAUGCUCACUUUGCUCCUUCAGAUCUUUCCAUUAAACGUGGGCCUCCUAAUCACUGGAUGAAUCAAGUUUCUCGUUCUUCAGGGGACAAUUCCACCACAGUACCGGGGCUGUUUCAACAACAGCUUCAUCAUCAAAACGAGUUUAUGCCUUCACAACUUUUAACACAUCAGCAACAACUGAUGGUUCAUCUCCGCCCAUCUCUGUCCCAUCUUUCCCAAUUACAGUCUCAUUUGUUCAGAUCUCAUCCUUCCCCCUCUAUGAUGAACGAAAAUAGAUUUGAUGCAAUUCAUGGCAUGUCUGAACAGAGAGAACCACAUAGGUCAAAACAAUCAAAAGGAAAACAAAGCAUGCGACAUCAACACAGUUCUGACACUCUCAACCAGAAGAUCCAUGGCGUUUCAUUGCAGUUUAGAUCAAAAUACAUGUCUGCAGAAGAAAUUGAAAGCAUUUUGAGAAUUCAACAUGCUGCAACACACCACAAUGAUCCCUACAUUGAUGACUACUAUCAUAUGGCCUGCUCAGCAAAGAAAUCUAUUGGUUCAAUGCUGAAGCAUCAUUUUUAUCCAUCAUUUAUCAGAGACAUUCCUUCUCGAACACGUUCAAUUAAUGAGCCCCAUGCUUAUCAUCAAGUUAAUGUGCUCCAGAGGAUCCCAUUUUCUUUCAUCCGUAGGCCACGCCCCCUUCUUGAAGGUGAACCACCAGCCACUCAUGGUGAAGAAAUCCUCGAACAGAGAACUUCUGUUAAGCCCCUUGACCAAGAGCCAAUGUUUGCUGCCAGAAUCACCAUUGAAGAUUGUAUGUGUCUUCUUCUUGAUGUGGAUGAUAUUGAUCGCAUUUUACAGUUUGGCCAAUCACAAGAUAGUGGCUCCCAACUCAAGCGGAGGCGGCAAGUCUAUCUUGAAGGUAUUGCAGCAUCACUUCAGUUUGUUGAUCCACUUGGAACCAGUAAAGCUGGUUACUCAGUUGGACUUACUACAAAGGAUGAUCUUGUGUUCCUUCGGUUAAUCUCUCUUCCUAAAGGUCGCAAGCUGAUCUCACGCUUCCUUCAGCUUCUUUAUCCUGGAAGUGAGCUUACUCGCAUAGUUUGCAUGGCCAUCUUUCGCCAUCUGAGGUUUUUAUUUGGUCGCUUGCCCUCUGAUCCAAGCGCCAUUGAAACAACAAUAAAUCUUGCUCGAACCGUCUCUUCAUGCGUGCAAGGCAUGGAUCUUAAUGCAAUAAGUGCUUGCCUUGCUGCUAUUGUUUGUUCGUCAGAGCAGCCACCUCUCCGUCCUCUCGGAAGUUCUGCCGGUGAUGGAGCCUCUAUUAUAAUUAAAUUUGUUCUUGACAGAGCAACCUACCUCCUUACUGACCCUCAUACUUCCAGCAAGCAUAGCAUGCCCAAUAGGGCUCUAUGGCAGGCAUCUUUUGAUGCCUUCUUUGUCCUUCUCACAAAAUACAGCCUAAGCAAAUAUGACGGCAUUUUGCAAUCAUUGCUCAUGCAGUCACAUGGUGCUACCUUACUUCAAUCUGAUUUAAACAGGGCUAUAAGCAAAGAAAUGCCAGUAGAGCUCUUGCGUGCAAGUCUUCCCCAUACAGAUGAGCUCCAGCGUAAGCAGUUAAUUGAUUUUGUUCAAAGGUGUAUUCCUGUCAUUGGAUACAGCACCCAUGGAGGUAUCCUUGUCUUGGUAUUUACUUACCCUGCUAAUAAGGAGAAAGUAUUCUGUGCAGACACCGGAUCUUUCAAAGGUGAAUCAGAGCGCGUCACGUCAUUUGGUACACAACAGGUGCAUAGCCGCGGUAUACAGUAAAGGGGUGAUAUGACGUAUUCUGAUUUACCUCCAUAAGACAUAUGGUGUCCGCACAAAAUAAUUUUCCCUUAAUAAGGGAGAAGCAUGAUGUUACUGUGCUUUUGUAAUGAAUAGUUUCUGGCUUUUGUU